AUGCGGAAGUGCAAGGUUUUUGUAGGGAAUUCACACCCCGAACUUGGGAAUUUGGUGUGCCAAAGACUGGGUAUUGAGCCUGCACCGUGCACACUGAAAAAAUUCGCUAAUGGCGAAACUUCAGUGCAAAUAGGGGUCUCCGUGCGUGAUGAAGAUGUGUAUGUGAUCCAAUCGGGAUCUCCAGCGAUCAAUGACCAUAUAAUGGAACUUUUGAUUUUGGUUUCCGCUUGCAGGGGUGGAUCUGCCAAAAAAAUCACAGCUGUGGUUCCACAAUUCCCAUAUUCGAAGCAGUGCAAAAUGAAGAAACACAGAGGGGCUAUCACGGCUAGAAUGCUUGCAAACCUGCUCAUUAUGGCUGGUGCAGACCAUGUCGUGUCCAUGGACCUUCACGCUUCUCAAAUGCAAGGUUUUUUCAGCAAACCAGUAGACAACCUAUAUGGAGGUCCCAGUUUGGCCAAAUGGAUUAGAGAAAAUGUCCAUGAGUUUACCGAUGCCGUUGUGGUGUCCAAAAAUCCAGGUGGUACCAAGAGAGUGACAGCAUUGGCAGAUUCGUUGAAGAUAAAUUUCGCCAUGAUACACACUGAUCGUCGUCGUUCUAAAGAUCUGUAUUCUCAAAACAGAAACAAAACCCAGCUGAUGCAAAGAAAGCAAUCCAUGCUCAGGAAAAACAAGCCGAUUGUUAUGCCAGGAGAGGCCCCAGGUGAGGAGGAAAAUAUCAUACUCACUAAUGGUAUUCAAACAGCAAGAGUUGUUAAGGGCCACGUUGUCGAUGACGACGAUUACGCGGACGACGCGUGUAUUUCAGAAUCAGAGAACGACUCAGAUGCGUUAUCGUCAACCAGCGAUUCUUAUGCGCUUGGUUCGUAUGAUGCUGUUGACUCCGAAGAUGAGGAAGGCCCUGAUUUUGUGGAUCAGGAAAAAUUGAUCACUUUAGUCGGAAACGUGAAUGAGCGUUCUGCAAUCAUUCUAGAUGACAUGAUAGACAGACCUGGAUCCUUCAUCAGUGCCGCAGAACAUAUGGUGAAAAAUUGUGGUGCCAAGAGGGUUUACGUGAUAGCCACUCAUGGUGUUUUCACCGGUGACUGCCUGGAACAGUUGGAAAACUCCACAUCAAUUCAUCAGAUAGUCGUUACCAACACAUACCCGAUUUCUCAGCAAAAGUUGGCAAGCUCGAAAAAAUUGGUGGUUAUUGAUGUGUCUUCGAUUUUCGCCGAAUGCAUUCGCCGUGAUCACUACGGAGAGAGUAUUUCUGUAUUGUUCGACUCUCUGGCUUCAUUGUGA